AGUUCGGAGCAUUUGGUCGGAAGGUGAGCCAGAACUCACCUGUCGGGAAGUUUGACUUCGACUUUUCCUUUUCUCCAUCUUUGUUUGAUCCAACAUGGCGGAGACGCUUUUACACAACAACCUCCAGGACGCGCGAAGAGACGGAAACCAUUUCAGAAAGGGCUGCAACCCGCUGGCCCAGACGGGCCGCAGCAAACUGCAGAACAAGCGGGCCAGUCUGAACCAGCAGAUCAUCAAGCAGAUGAGGAUGCGGGCCGGCGCCGAGAACCUGCUCAGGGCCACCUCCAACAACAAGGUGAAAGAGAUGGUGCUGCUGGAGCUGAGCUACGUCAACUCCAACCUGCAGCUGCUGAUGGGCCAGCUGGAAGGACUCAACAGCUCGGUGGAAGUCUACCAGAGCAGCCAGGAAACCAACAUUCCGCUCAUCGCCCUGGGUCUGAAGGAGACCAAAGAAGUCGACUUUUCGAUGCCUUUCAAGGAUUACAUUGUUCUGCAUUACAAGCAAGAUGGCAGCAGCUUCGAGAACGAGAUCGCCGACCUGAUGGACCUGCGGCAGGCCUGCAGGACGCCAAGUCGCACGGAGGUGGGGGUGGAGCUUCUGGCCAACUACUUCAACCAUCUUCCUCUGAUGGAGAGUCGCUUCUUCUCACCCACGCAUCACACUGGCCUCUUCUUCACCUGGUACGACUCCUUCACAGGUGUUCCCGUGUGCCAACAAAACCUGUCCCUGGAAAAGGCCAGCAUCCUCUUCAACAUGGCCGCCCUCUACUCCCAAAUGGGCACCCGCGGCGACCGGCAGACCUGGCCGGGCCUGAAGGAGGCCAUCUCCGCCUUCCAGACGUCCGCAGGCAUCCUGAACCACCUGAAGGAGACCUUCACGCACACGCCCAGCUACGACAUGAGCCCUGCCAUGCUGGCCAUGCUCAUCCGCAUCAUGCUGGCUCAGGCCCAGGAGUGUCUCUUCGAGCAGCUGGCUCUGCCCGGCGUCCGCAACGAGGUCCUCACGCUGCUCACGAUGGCCCAGGAGGCCGCCAAGGUGUCGGAGACCUACGACCACGUCCACCAGUCCAUGAUCCAGACGCCGGUCAAGGACAACGUGCCCUUCUUCUGGUCCACCAUGUCUCAAGUCAAGACCAACCACUACCGCUCCAUGGCGCACUACUUUGUGGCCUCCGCCCUCCUGGACCACCACGUGGGUCCUGCCGAUGAUGAAGACCAGCAGGAGAAGACCUUGUCCCAGGUCUACGACCACCUCCCCGAGGGCCGCUCCCCUCUGGACAUCCUGCAGAGGAGGGCGGAGCGCGAGCGUGUCGGCAGAGCCCACAUUGGGCGCGCCAUCGCGGGCCACGAGGAGGCCCUGAGGAUCUACUGCCUGUGCCACCAUCUCAACAAGCUGGAGGUCCUGCAGGACAUCUUGAGGGCCAGUCAUCAGCGCUCGCUGCUCAAGUCCAGCGAACACGACAGUGGGGAGGAGUUUAGCGACUACUUGACGGCGCCCGACAUCAUCGCUAAAACGGAGCAGCAAGCAGAAAUGGAGGUUCCGGCGGUCCUAAAGGUGAAAGUCAGCGACUUUUUCCAGCGGCUGGGGCCUCUGGCCGUCUUCUCCGCCAAGCAGCGCUGGACGCCACCCCGGACGCUGCGCCUCCGCGCCGAGGACCGGGACCUGGGCUUCACGCUGAAGGGGGACGCCCCGGUCCAGGUGGUCUCCUUGGACCCCCUGUGCCCUGCUGCUGCUGACGGGCUGAAGGAGGGCGACUACAUCGUGGCCGUGGGCGACACCCCUUGCAAGUGGAUGAGCGUGGGCGAGGUGAUGCGGCUGCUGAAGGACGGCGACGAGCGGGGCGUGGACGUCCAGGUGGUCAGCGUGCUGGACGGCAACCCCACCAUGCCUGCCAAGAGCGCCACCUUCUGCGGGAACCUGCCCAAGACCUACUCCAUGAUCUGCCUGGCCUACAACGAGGACAAGAGUCCCAAGUCCCGCAAGGUGAGCAAGAAGUCCUCCUUCCUCAGCUGGGGCCUGAAGAACCGCAUGAAGAGCGCCAGCACCGUCAGUCUGCCCACGGCCCAGCAGUCCUGGAACAAGCCCUGCCAGACCUUCCCCAGCUCCUACAAGGACAGCGCCCUCUACUGAGCAGGAGGUCCUCCUGCAGUACAGUACUACGACUACAGUACAGUACUACGACUACAUUACAGUACUACGACUACUACAGUACAGUACUACUACUACUACAGUACAGUACUACACUACAGUACAGUACUACUACUACAGUCCACCUCCUGUAGUCUUCUAUUGACUCACAUUCCAAGAUGUGUAGUACUCUUCUCACCGGUACCACCUUAAAUGAAGUACUCUUCUCAUCAGUACCACCUUAAAUGAAGUACACUUCUCAUCAGUACCACCUUAAAUGAAGUACGGUACUCUUCUCACCAGUACCACCUUAAAUGAAGUACUCUUCUCACCGGUACCACCUUAAAUGAAGUACUCUUCUCUCCAGUACCACCUUAAAUGAAGUACACUUCUCAUCAGUACCACCUUAAAUGAAGUACACUUCUCACCAGUACCACCUUAAAUGAAGUACUCUUCUCACCGGUACCACCUUAAAAGAAGUCCACUUCUCGGCAGCAGUACUUAUCAGUACCACCUUAAAUGAAGUACACUUCUCACCAGUACCACCUUUAAUUAAGUACACUUCUCGGCAGCAGUACUUAUCAGUACCACCUUAAAUGAAGUACACUUCUCACCAGUACCACCUUUAAUUAAGUACACUUCUCGGCAGCAGUACUCACCAGUACCACCUUAAAAGAAGUACACUUCUCACAAGGACCACCUUAAAUGAAGUACACUUCUCCCCAGUACCACCUAAAUGGAGUACACUUCUCGACUGCCGUACUCACCAGUACCACCCUUAAUGAAGUACACUUCAGUACCACCUUAAAAGAAGUACACUUCUUAUCAGUACCACCUUAAAAUAAGUACACUUCUCACCAGUACCACCUUAAAUGAAGUACACUUCUCAUCAGUACCACCUUAAAUGAAGUACACUUCUCAUCAGUACCACCUUAAAUUAAGUACUCUUCUCACCAGUACCACCUUAAAUGAAGUACUCUUCUCUCCAGUACCACCUUAAAUGAAGUACACUUCUCAUCAGUACCACCUUAAAUGAAGUACUCUUCUCACCAGUACCACCUUAAAUGAAGUACUCUUCUCUCCAGUACCACCUUAAAUGAAGUACACUUCUCAUCAGUACCACCUAAAAUGAAGUACACUUCUCAUCAGUACCACCUUAAAUGAAGUACUCUUCUCACCAGUACCACCUUAUAUGAAGUACUCUUCUCUCCAGUACCACCUUAAAUGAAGUACACUUCUCAUCAGUACCACCUUAAAUGAAGUACUCUUCUCAUCAGUACCACCUUAAAUGAAGUACACUUCUCAUCAGUACCACCUUAAAUGAAGUACACUUCUCAUCAGUACCACAUUAAAUGAAGUACACUACUCAUCAGUACCACCUUAAAUGAAGUACACUUCUCAUCAGUACCACCUUAAAUGAAGUACACUUCUCAUCCGUACCACAUUAAAUGAAGUACACUUCUCAUCAGUACCACCUUAAAUGAAGUACACUUCUCAUCAGUACCACCUUAAAUGAAGUACACUUCUCAUCAGUACCACCUUAAAUGAAGUACUCUUCUCAUCAGUACCACCUUAAAUGAAGUACACUUCUCAUCAGUACCACCUUAAAUGAAGUACUCUUCUCAUCAGUACCACCUUAAAUGAAGUACACUUCUCAUCAGUACCACCUGAAAUGAAGUACUCUUCUCAUCAGUACCACCUUAAAUGAAGUACACUUCUCAUCAGUACCACAUUAAAUUAAGUACUCUUCUCAUCAGUACCACCUUAAAUGAAGUACACUUCUCAUCAGUACCACCUUAAAUGAAGUACUCUUCUCAUCAGUACCACCUUAAAUGAAGUACACUUCUCAUCAGUACCACCUUAAAUGAAGUAGUCUUCUCGUUUUGGGGGCAAAUAUGAUGACGUAAUUGUUUUAUAAGCUGCUAAAAAUCGUCAUCUUCAAUGUGAGAGCAUGUUACAAAGUGCCUGCAGUACCGCUCGCUUCCUCAGUGUGUCGCUUUUGAGCUGCAAAAGAAAGCACCUCCAUGUGAGCGGCAGAAAGCGGACCUGCUGACGUCACCUCAAAGCAGGGCUUCCCCGCCUUUUUUCCACUACAGAGGGGGCCGGGGCCCACUCAAAUAUUAACACUGAAUUAUUCAUCUUAGUCUUGGUUUUAGUUGCAUACAACAACCUUAUGUAAACAGUUUAACAGGAAGAAUUUACACAAUGGAAACCUAAAAUAAAACCAACUUGAAAUGAAUCAAUGAUACUGCAGAAGAAGGGACUGAUAAACAUUGAUGAAAGUACACACAAAUAAAUGAAUGAAUAAUAAAUAAUAUAUAUGUGUGCUUUUAAAGGGUCAAACAUGCCUUUUUUUUUACUUUUUACUGCCAUAUAGGAUUAGAGAUGUCCGAUAAUAUCGACCUGCCGAUGUUAUCGGCCGAUAAAUGCUUUAAAAUGUAAUAUCGUAAAUUAUCGGUAUCGUUGUUUUUAUUAUCGGUAUUGUUUUUUUGUUUUUUUUGUUUUUUUGUUUUUUUGUUUUUAUUUAAUUAAAUCCACAUAAAAAACACAAGAUACACUUACAAUUAGUGCACCAACCCAAAAAACCUCCCUCCCCCAUUUACACUCACUCAUUGGCCGAUAAAUGCUUUAAAAUGUAAUAUCGGAAAUUAUCGGUAUCGUCGUUUUUAUUAUCGGUAUCGUUUUUUUUGUUGUUGUUGGUUUUUUUGGUUUUUUUUUUUUUUUUUUUUAAUGAAAUCCACAUAAAAAACACAAGACACACUUACAAUUAGUGCACCAACCCAAAAAACCUCCCCCGCCAUUUACACUCACUCAUCGGCCGAUAAAUGCUUUAAAAUGUAAUAUCGGAAAUUAUUGGUAUCGUUUAUUUAUUUUAUUUUUUUAUUUUUUUUAAUUAAAUCCACAUAAAAAACACAAGAUACACUUACAGUUAGUGCACCAACCCAAAAAAACCUCCCUCCCCCAUUUACACUCACUCAUCGGUCGAUAAAGGCUUUAAAAUGUAAUAUCGGAAAUUAUCGGUAUCAUCGUUUUUAUUAUCGGUAUCGUUUUUUUUUUGUUUUGUUUUUUUAAAUUAAAUCCACAUAAAAAACACAAGAUACACUUACAAUUAGUGCACCAACCCAAAAAACCUCCCUCCCCCAUUUACACUCAUUCAUCGGCCGAUAAAUGCUUUAAAAUGUAAUAUCGGAAAUUAUCGGUAUCGUUUUUUUGUUUUUGUUUUUUUUUUGGUUUUUUUUAAUUAAAUCAACAUAAAAAACACAAGAUACACUUACAAUUAGUGCACCAACCCAAAAAACCUCCCUCCCCCAUUUACACUCAUUCAUCGGCCGAUAAAUGCUUUAAAAUGUAAUAUCGGAAAUUAUUGGUAUCGUUUAUUUAUUUUUAUUUUUUUUAUUAAAUCCACAUAAAAAACACAAGAUACACUUACAAUUAGUGCACCAAG